AUGACUCACAUCAAUAGUCGUCUUCUUGAUGCUAGCGAAGAACGCCUAAAUGCACUGGCUCCUUUACAUGGCUAUGCAGAGGAGCGUCUAGUUUCAUUAGAAGAUGCGGUUGUAUCGUUACGUAAUUUGGUUCAUAAUAUUGACGUACGCGUCUGGACUGCUACAAACAGAUCCGAAAAUCCAGCGGAUAAACUCACUCCGAAUGAAUCGGCCGCCAUCAUAUUAUAUACAAUCGAAUGGGAUCCUAGUCAUCCAAGUCUCUAUUUGGUCUUGAAUAGAUCACUUCGUUUAGAAGAUCGAAGGAAACUGGUUCCUUGGUUUUCUUAUUUAAAAUUAAUUUUAACUGGAUUAUACAAAUUGCCAUCGAUCCGCUGUACAGUUUGGCGAGGGGUACGCGGUGACUUACGCUCGCACUAUAGACUGGGCGCCAAAAUAACGUGGUGGGCAUUCAGUUCGUGUACGGCUUCAAUUAGUGUUCUCGAAAGCGAACAAUAUUUAGGCACAUCAGGCACACGCACUUUAUUUGCGAUCGAGUGCUUGAAUGGAAAAGAUAUCAAGCGGCAUUCAUACUUUGCCCAGGAAGAAGAAAUACUGCUUCUUCCAUGUACACAUUUUGAAGUUAUUAGCCAUUUAAGCAGUAUGGAAAACUUGCACAUUAUUCACUUGCGUGAAAUUACACCCCCAUUUAUGUUGCUGGAACCACCUGAUGCUACGUUCCUAGAUUCUCACAAUGACAACGCUAGCUAUGAACAGCUAAAAGCUAAAUUGGAGCAAGUUACGGACGAAAACAAGCGUCUUACAACAAAGUGCAAACAACAACAGGUCCAGAUCAAUCAACAGCAGAUUCAGAUAAACGAACUCGAGAAUGAAAACCAAAUUUUGAACAAAAAUUAUGCUGAUUACGAAAAGGAAAUCCAACGCCUGAAAGCAAAAUCGCACAAGGCAGAAAAAGCGGUUGAACAUCUAAAACAAGAAGCCGACGAAUCUGACAAACUAAAUGAGCGUCUACAAGUUGAAAUUCAAAAUCUCCAAAAGGAAAUUGAACGCUUAAAACGUACUGCGGAUAGAUCAUCUGAGCGUCCAAAAGCUUCUUUGGCUGCAUCGAACGAGCGUUUAACAACAGCUUCAUCAUUUGCAACACCGAGAGCGACAGGGUCUGAAGAAUUUGAUGCAUCUAAAAAGAAACUCGAUUGUGAUGGCCGUCCUUGCGCAAAAUGUAAAAAGUGUCGUGAUUGGCACUUUAAUGGCGAUGAUGAAACAUGGCGUUGGGUCUGCAAUUGGCAGAAUUGGACGAAGGCUGAUGAAAAGCGUUGGGACAAUGGUGCUUGGAAGUGUUUUACCAAGCGUAAUGAUGGUGCAACCUGUUAUGUUUAUUAUGUUCUUUCUUAUGGUUAUGUUUCUGGUGUUUCUUAUGUUCAUGUGUGCUUAUGUGAUCGACACUAA